CGCGGCCCAGCCAGCGCCUCCGUUCGCGCGUUUCGCCGAGCGGCUCCGCCCCUGCCGCCGGCGGCGAGCCUGCCAUGGCCUCCAAGCUCUACUCCGAUGACAUCAGCCUCGCCGUGGUGGUCGUCGACACCAACCCCUUCUUCUGGGCCGGCGCCGCCCUCCCCUUCACCGACUUCUUCGCCCAGCUGAUCCACUAUGUGAAUUCGCUUCUGCUUCUGAACCACCUCAACCAUGUGGUCGUCAUCGCCGCCGGGCUUAGCUCUUGCACCUACAUCUUUGAUUCGAGCGAUGCUAGUGCCUCUGGUGCUGCAGACGUCGCGGCCACCUUCGCCAAGGCAAGCCGCAAGAUGGAUGAGUUCAUUGGAGAAGAUGCCCAUGCCACUACCAGCAGUGGCGCCGUCGCUGACAGCAAUGCAGCCUCUCUUCUCUCAGGCGCGCUGUCCCUUGCUCUAUGCUAUAUACAGAGGGUUUUUCGGUCUGGGACUCGGCAUCCGCAACCUCGGAUUUUAUGCCUGCAGGGUUCUCCAGAUGGACCUGAACAAUAUGUAGCGGUUAUGAACUCAAUAUUUUCUGCUCAACGUUCCAUGGUCCCUAUCGAUUCAUGUAUAGUGGGAACCCAAGACUCUGCUUUCUUGCAACAGGCUUCAUAUAUAACAGGUGGUGUUUAUUUGAAACCCCAAGAACUAAGUGGCUUAUUUCAAUACCUUGCUGCUGUAUUUGCUACUGAUUUACACUCCAGAACCUUCUUGCGCCUCCCCAAGACUCUGGGAGUGGAUUUUCGUGCUUCAUGUUUCUGCCAUAAGAAGACUAUUGACAUGGGUUAUGUUUGUUCAGUUUGUUUAUCAAUAUUCUGCAAGUAUCAUAAGAAAUGCUCAACCUGUGGGUCAGAAUUCAACCGCGUGAUGCCUGACUUAAAUUCCAUGCCUGAUAGACAGUAGUCUGUACACCACAAAAUGUUUGACUGCACACUCCUCUAUAUGUUUUCCGCAGGAACAUCUAUCCAAGCAUGUUUAGCUUCAAUGAUGCCUGAUGUGGACUAUCCUGUCCCUGAUUUCGGCAGGUCCAACUGCUGCUGAGAAUACAUCGCGUGUAUACCUGAAUGGGCGUCAGUUCAGUGAAAACUAGCCAAUCAACUGAUUCGAGGCUGAGUAGAUCACAUAUUACAUUUAGAUUUAUUCUGUUCUACUUGGAAGCUGACAGCAUGCAAGUUAGUAAGCUUGGCAGCAUGAACCUGUUAUGCCCUAUUCGCAAAUGUAUGGUUACUCUUGUUGCUCACUGAAAACAGGUGGAGAGCUAGUAGAUGAAAUCAUGACCCCAAUUGAACUUUUGUAGAUGGAAUUGUGCAAAC